UCUCGUGCCUUACUUAGGCAACUCAGCAAGCUUCGUUGCCUACCCACAGUACUCGACUGAAAACGUCUCGACCACGAUUCUCUAUAUCACGAUUGUAUACAAUACUAGCCGGUCUUCGCCACAUUGAUCUUAACUGACUUUUUAAUAGAGUAAGUACCUACUUAUUAAUAUCUAUAUAUAAUCCUAUUCAUAGGAUAAAGUGCUCUAUUUUUGACAUAUUUACAUGUACUUACAAGUUACAAGCGACUAGAGGCAAGGCGAUACAUAUACGUACUUUCAAUUACAUAACAUAGGUAACUUCCCUUAGUUCCCUUAUCGAAAAGGUCAAGUAAAACAAUACAUGCAAAAUAAUACUAGGUACACGACUUCACAACAUAUAAACCGUCGCCGUUUUAAAAACCCUACUCUAGGAUCCCUAAAGCAUUCCCUCUGUGUUUCCGCUCACCGGGCUCAUUCAAUAAUUGCACAACACACAGACAGACACAACAACACAAUAACAAGAGCUAGCUAUGCUAAAACGUACCUUAUGCCAAUUACACAUGACUCAAAACAGAAUGAACAAAACACUACUUAUAUCAAUUUGAAAUCGAAUGGGAAUGUAAAAGCAUAACAGGUACGGCAUCAAUUUAAAAUAGACCUUAUUAGUUAGACUGUACGGUACACAUUGGAGUGACUGUUGUUUUAUUUGAAUUUCGAAUAGCGCGUGCCAUAAGGGUGCGCGUACGCCGCGACCCCAAGUUUUUUUGAAAAAGGAACAGUUGACGGUUAUCCGUUGAACGAGACUUACGUGUACAUUAUUAAUAAUCAUAAAGUAAUAAUAAUAUAGUGAAGUAAUAAUAUAGGCUAGAAAAAAUAUUAACAGAUUAAGAAAGUACUUAAGUGAAUAUUUUAAUAAGUUUAAAAAGUGAUGUGUAGAAGUUGCGUUCUUAAAAAGUGAUCAUUAAAUUUUGAAAAAGUGAACGAGAAGGUCAAGUGCUUAAAGAUAUUUUUGAAAUAGGUGAAACAUUGUGACUUUGGAAUAAUAAUAAAGCAAGUAAUAACAAGAAAAGAUCACAAUACCUUAACGGUCAUGCUUUGAAGCACACCCCUUUCUAAGAAACCAACAAAACCACGCACUCGGGGAAACCUUACGCUUAUAACAUGGAUUCGCCUAAAAUUGUGUAUAAAUAUUACUCUAACCCCGCCUUUUGCGGGCAGAGCGAAGCUUACACCAAAUAUGUCAAAAGUCCGGACAGAAGAAUGUCCCCGCUGGGCGGGAAUUCGCCAAGAAAAGUAGAAUACAGCAACAGGAUACUUAGGACAGAUAUUUCUGAUAAUCCUCUAAGGAUGUCGCCAGCAGGCGCUUUGAGAAACAGAGAUGAACCUCCAGAAUUGCCGCCUAAACCGCCGAAGUUUCAAAAACAGUUCCAGAGACAGUCUUCUUUGAUGUGCAAGUCUACACGAACUCCUGUGAGAUGUAGGACAAGAAGCGAAGAUUUAGAGAUGGCACAAUUUAAAUUACAAAAGACUAAAUAUGAUAGAAACGCCGAAAGUGACGACGGUUUGGAAGACAGCCGUGUUAAACACAGAUACGAAGUUAUCAGAGACGAUUUCGAUGAUCUAGCAGACUAUUCUCCAACGAAAAAGAGGAUAAUAGAAGCGAAUGCCAACGAAAUAGAAGAAUAUAACGUUGACGCACCCGAUGAACACGAAUUAAAAGAAAUACCAACUGAAAUCGUUAAAACUGUAAAUGGAAAGACUCAUAGAUACGCAAUAGUGCCUUCAGAUGAUGACGAACCGGUUAAGAAACACAGUGUUACUAUAUCAAGCCCUGUAAUGACUAAGAAAAAUAUAAUAGCGACGCAAAAACUACAUGAACUGCUAUCUACGCCUAGGAAAUUAAAGAGCUAUGCCAGUCAACCAUCUGUAAGGAUAACACCGAAUAAGGCCACGAGUCCUAAUCGCUAUACAGGGACUCCUCAAAAGAUUAUGCACAGUACACCUACACAUGGGGUUACACCAUCAAAAUCAUGUGCUAAUUUGACGUCGCCAAGAAAUGCCACGUCUCCUAUAUCCCUUAAAGCGCAACAGAAGUUACAUUACGGGACUCCAGAAGAGUUUGAAAGGCAUGAUGUGUUUGUUACUAGUUUUAGAGAGAAGAGUCGGGAGCGGAGUUUUGAUAUGGACAGGAGAGAAAUGAGUAGGGAGAGUAGGAGGGAUUAUGAGAGAAGGAGUCCAAAGAAGGAGAAGAAGAGUACAGCGGUUAUUGUACCCAGGGUAGCACCACCACCAUCAGUGUACUCCGAGGAGACAUACAAGUCCUUCAACAGCACCAAAACCAUGAGCGCUGCGGCCGCGUCCCUCACUAUAGCAGCUUUGAUGCUCACUCUGAGCGGUGGACUCACUACUGGACUUAGCUUCUAUAUGAUGUACACGCUUGGCCGACGGUACUAUCUGGACUUUGGGGUGCUGGCGGGCUUCACCUGCUUCCUUUUGGGGCUCUUAGGACUCCGCUCACGCCGCCACCAGCUGCUUCCGAACAGGAACUACAUUUCAGGCUACAUCGUUCUCUCUUCAUUCUCACUCCUCAGCGCCUUCGGUCUCCUCUUACUCCUCUCCAUCCAACCAUCGCCCGGGACGCCGCUCAGCGACAUCACCUCAGGCGCCGUGUGCGCAGUGUCAGCAUUAUCGUUGUUCGUGGCGACUUUGGGAGUUUUAGCGUCCUACUGCUGUGCGAGGGACCCGCCGGAUAAUAGAGUAGGGACAGUGAGGUGGUAUUGAGACUAUUGAGUGGAAGAAUUGUAUUUGGUUUGUUGGGCCAUUGUUCUAUUUAUCCUUUACCAAUUAUUAACGGCACCAAUGAUGGGACAUUUAAGAGAAAAUUUUGAGAAUUUUUGAUAUUCCACUGACAUCUGUAAAAUUUCUACCGCUUUAAUGCUAAAGUUGAAUGUCCAAUUCGUCCUCUAUGUUUUCUGUGUAUUUAAUGAAAGUUAUUGCAAUUGGUUUCAAUAUUAUUAACCAAUUAAAACUAUAGUUUUUUGCUCCAGUCAUGGGAUGUAUGGCGUCAUUAAUUUUCAAACUAACAAAUAUCAAUAAAAAAUUAAACUUAAGCAGCUCUUUGGCUCUUGUUGAUGGUAUAAUGUUGUCAGCGGUACUGAUAGUUAAUAGUUACUUGUUUUACAGGAUUUCUCUAUACCAUCCCAUUACUGGUGCCUGUUCCAUUAUAGGGUAUGUUUACUAUAUUAACCCUUUGACCGCCAAGUACGUCAACUGACGCGCGCGCCGCGCGGACUCACACGACGGCUUAAGAUGAGAGAAAUAACUAAUAUUAAAUAUUUUGUAGCAACUGUAAAGCAAAAGUAAACUACCCUACUUUUUUUGCUUCAUAUUUGUAUCUAGCCUAACUUGUAUCAAAGAUACAUCCAUCCAUCUGUUUAUAUAUUUUUAUUUUAUUUUAUUGUCUUUGCUUUUAUACCGAAAACCUUUAUACAAGCAAAGAGUGUUUUACAUGUCUCUAAUAGUUUUUUUAUCUAUGCGAUUAAUGAGCCAAAUAAUUUAACUAUGGAAGGUAGAGGUAAGGAAUGCAAUCUCCAUAGGCAGAACUGAUGAAGAUGAGCAACCUCGUCCUUUAUAGAUUUUUUCUCCUGAAUUUUUCUAGUACCUACUUAACUUAAUUUUGUGUUAAGCAGAAAAAUCUGCAAAUGAUACAAGCAUUGUUUAGAAAUAAUAGAAAUGUAGAAAACACACUGUCCCGGGCAAGGCGCGGCGGUGGGUAUGGUGGAAAUAUUCGCUGACAUUGCGUAAGUCUCGGCAGCUCAGUUUCCAGUCCACUUAUCCGUUAUUUCUAAUCAAAUCAUUGGAGAAAAUAGAGGUAGAUUUCUAGAAUAUGGUACAGUCGCCAUCUCAUAUCAGAGCGGCCAACAUGCUUACAAAUAUCUGAACACGCCCCUUUGUCAAUAUGUUCUUUCAAUAUGAACUCU